AUGCCGGAGCUCGAACUGCAGCCAACGCAAUUAUCCUGUAUCGGGCUCCAGCUUUCUGUCUCUGACUCCGGCCUUCCUGUCUCGGGCUCCGGCCCUCCUGUCUCGGACUCCGGCCCUCCUGUCUCGGGCUCCGGCCCUCCUGUCUCGGACUCCGGCCUUCCGGUCUCGGACUCCGGCCCUCCUGUCUCGGGCUCCGGCCCUCCUGUCUCGGACUCCGGCCUUCCGGUCUCGGGCUCUGGCCCUCAUGUCUCGGACUACUUCCCUCCGGUCUCGGGACUCCUGCCCUCCUCUCCUGUCUCGGGCAUCAGCCCUCCUGUCUCGGGCUCCGGCCCUCCUGUCGGCACCAGCCCUCCUGUCUCGGGCUCCGGCCCUCCUGUCUCGGACUCCGGCCCUCCUGUUUCGGGCUCCGGCCCUCCUGUCUCGGGCACCAGCCCUCUUGUCUCUGAUUCUAGCAAGUGUAUCUAUUAUAUCGGGUAA